AUGAACGUUGAAUCCGCUCCAGUUGUCGUCAUAGGCGGCGGUAUUGUUGGUGCCUCUAUUGCAUGGCACCUAGCCAAGAAGAAGAAGGAUGUCAUUCUUAUUGCAGAGGCAAUCGGCGGGGUAGCGACCACCAAGUCAUUUUGCUGGCUUAACGCAGCUGGUGCAACGCAGAAAUUCUACUAUGACUUCCGACGUCGCUCUAUGGCACGCUGGGCUGAAAUAGGCCAAGAGUUACCGGAUCUCCCGAUUCGUUGGGGUGGUGUCCUGGCUUGCGACAGAACUCCUGAAGAGCGCCAAGAGUUCUAUGAAUGUCAGCGUCUCUGGGGUACAAACAUCAGGCGCAUGGAAGAAACCGACCUUGCUGCACUCGAACCGCAAGUCGAUGAGGGCCAAUUCUCUUUGGUCAAAUGGGGCCUACAUGUUCCCGAAGAGGGCACCAUCGAAGCACACGCCGCCGCAGAGAAGCUGAUUGCUUACGCCCAAUCGCUUGGAACUAAAGUGCUUGAGGCGACUGCCACUGGAUUUCUCAGGGACGACAAGGGUCGAGUCUCGGGUGUAGUAACAGACUCUGGGCACGUGCAUGGCAGUCACGUUGUUCUAGCCGCUGGUCUUGGAAGUGUUCCACUAUUGGCAACAGAGAACAUCAAACUUCCCUUGAGUGGUCGAGAGGGUCUCCUCGUCAACACCGCCCCAACGGAAAAGCGGUAUCUCAAUACCUUGCUCCGCUUACCAGGCUUGCAUAUGCGCCAAACCCUGGAUGGGCACAUCCUCUUCGGCGCAUCCUUCGCUGGCGGACAGCCCGGUGACGACCCGCAGGCAACAGCAGAGGAUCUUUUCAAUCAAGUACAACAUGUGUUUCAGAAUGGAGAUCAACUUGAGUUUAGCCAUUAUACUAUUGGUCUACGACCUGAGCCGGACGAUGGAUAUCCCAUUCUCGGUUCCACGGGCUUAGAAGGGCUUGACCUGGCUGUGAUGCACUCUGGCGUAACGAAUGCCGCACUGGUUGGUGAGCUCCUAGCUGACAAGGUGGUCUUCGGUAUUGAAGAUCCAAUGCUGGAAGACUAUCGAUUGGAUCGCUUUAAAGAUAAUGCAAAACUCUAG